AUGGCCAUGAUCCUCACCACCCUCACUCUGGUUUUGACCGCCGCGGUUGCGAACGCCGCGAGCACCCCUGCCUCUCCGUUCUCCAGCCUGCACCGGCGCCAAGCCACGCAACAGGUCGCCGUUGCAUGCGGUCCGCCCGCCAACAGCCAGCCCUGCGCCUGCCCCAUCGACAACAACUACGACACCGGCGUGCUCAUCAACUAUUUCCCUGGCUACCAAUGCGCCUACCCUGGUGGUGCUUGCACCUGGGGCGACAAGGACGGUGUUCUGCAGAAUAUCCAUCAGACGAACUGUCCCUCCGUCGCCGUCUGCCCCGACUCCGGCUGCGCAUGCCCGAUCGACAACAAUGGUGACACCGGUGUCCUGAUCAACGAGUUCACCGGCUACCAGUGCGCUUACGCCGGCGGUGCUUGCACCUGGGACUUCGAUGGUGUCCUUCAGAACACCCACCAGACGAACUGUCCCACCCAGGAGAAGUGCGUCGCCCCCGCAUAA